AAACACACAAACUCGUGUCUCUUCCCCUCCCCCACUCCAUAGCGACACUGCGCCAGACGCGCCUGCGAGAUCCAGGAACCGAAACCCCCCGUGCCUCCACUACCAGAGCAGCAGCAGCUCGGAGAGGUGGACAAUGGCGGCCGCGGGAGGCGGGUACAGGGCGGAGGACGACUACGACUACCUCUUCAAGGUGGUGCUCAUCGGCGACUCCGGCGUGGGCAAGUCCAACCUCCUCUCCCGCUUCACCAAGAACGAGUUCAGCCUCGAGUCCAAGUCCACCAUCGGCGUCGAGUUCGCCACCCGCAGCCUCCAGGUCGACGGCAAGGUCAUCAAGGCCCAGAUUUGGGACACCGCCGGCCAGGAGAGGUACCGUGCUAUCACCAGCGCCUAUUACCGAGGAGCGGUAGGAGCAUUACUUGUCUACGAUGUCACCCGUCGUGCGACGUUCGACAACGUGGGGCGCUGGCUAAGGGAGCUCAGAGACCACACUGAUCCCAGCAUCGUCUGCAUGCUGAUCGGCAACAAGUCCGAUCUCCGGCACCUGGUGGCUGUCUCGACCGAGGACGGCAAGGAGUUUGCUGAAGCUGAAUCCAUGUACUUCAUGGAGACGUCUGCGCUGGACGCGACCAACGUGGACAACGCGUUCGCGGAGGUCCUGACGCAGAUAUACCAGAUUGUGAACAAGAAGCCGGUGGAGGCGCCUGAGGAUGGCUCGGCUGCGCCUGGGAAGGGUGAGAAGAUCAAUGUGAAAGAUGAUGUCUCCGCGAUGAAGAGAGUUGGCUGCUGCUCAAACUGAGACAAGAGGGACAUGAUGAUUUAUUCAUUUUUCCUGGUAGGAAUGCUCAGGGUAUACUGUAACAGAUGACAGAUCUAUUCAAUUCUUGUUCUGGUGCUGUUGUUGAGGGUUAGGGUAAUCCAACUAUCAUAUUCAAACCAUCAGUUUAAAUUAUCA